AUGAUGUGCCGAUUUUUGAGAAACCUCUUGUUCAACACUACAGUGUUAUCUAAACAUGCAGAGCAGAUAUUCAUGGCGAAAAAACCAGCACCUGCCCUGCAGAGUAGCUUCAAAGAGAGGGAACAAUUCCAACUAGGAACACUGUCGCAUGUUUUGAAUCAACGUUGUGCACGUUACUGUGAUUUACCUUCUUUCCCACAGGUCUCUUCUGAUCCCGCAUUACGUCGCGAAGCAAACUCUCCCGAAGAAUAUAAAUACGAAGAUGAGGAAGAGGUCGAAGAAGAGGAUGAAGAGUAUGAUGAGGAUGAAGAAGAUGAAGACGAAGGUGAGGAAGAGGAAGAAGAAGAUGAGGAGGAAGAAGAAGCAGAUGCGAAUGCCGUUGCUGAGAAUGAAGAAACCGCUGAGGAU